AUGAUUCAUAAUUAUGGACACAUAGAUGGAGAUAGUGGAUUGAUGACAUCGUAAUUUCAUCUUGGAGAUUCUCCAAAAGCAAAUAUUGAUUACAGUCAUAGUGAAAGAAUAGAAACUUUAGUUUAGAAAAGCAUUAUGCAAUCAGAAAUCAGAAAACGUAAAACAGGAGAAUCUUAAAGUCUUAUAGAGCACUCAAAUAUGUAAUUAAAUGGUCACUUGUUACCUUAAAUCACAUUAAAUUGUUAAUCGCCAGCAAUUUUUGAUUAAAUAGCACUUGAACUUGAAUAAUAGUAAUUGAUAUUUCAUAAUUUUAUCGAGUAAUUAUACUUGUAUAAUGAGAGAAGCAAAUCAAAUGAUGUUUCUUUAAACAAAGCAUGAUUCAUUAUGUUAAAAGAUUAUAAAGAAUGUCUGUAAACCAACAUAUAUAGCAAGUUAAAGUAAUAAUAGCAUAAUUUUGGUAAAAUAUUCAAAAUAGAAAUUGAAGAUAGAUGCUUUAUCAGGAGUAUAUUUUUUAUUAUAUUUAGAAUUAUAAAUUAAAUGAAGAUGUAUUAUUAUCUGUUUGUGUUGUAGUUAAAAGAUAUAAUCAAACACAUAAAGAUUAUGAACCUAUAGAUGAUAUGAGUCACAUUAAUCCAUUUGCUAUUACUGCAAUAUCUAUGAAUAGAAUCUAUCUUUAUUUAGAGGAUAAUUUAUAGUUUAAAUAAUAGUUGGAUGUUCUUUUGUAAGACAUUGAUUCAAUAGCAAGACCAAAAAAACAAGAAUUAUAAAAAUAUGUGUAAUAAAGUUCGUAAUUGGUUUUUGAUACAUUUUAGCAGUUUAAAUAAAAGAAUUUGAAAUAUGAUUACUAAUAUUAUUUGAUGGCAAUAGAGAAAGUAGUUUUUGAAUCUGUUUAUGAUAAGCUAUUUAAUUUUUAUAUUGAUUUCAAUGAAAAAAAUGAAAAUCAAUUUAAUAUCAAAAAGUACUGA